AUAAAUGUCACGUGAUUAGUCUUUUGAAAGCGCCUGACCAUUUACUACGGCCCGUGUGAAAAAAGUCGAGUCAUACAUGCUUCAAAUCUCUUGCGCGCUGUAUUGCCUUGCUCUGUAGAUGUUCGAUUUUUCUUCUUAAAAGUUUAUAUGUAUUCCUUAUGAUAUGGCGGAGAAAUCAGGUUCAAAAGCUUUGGAUAAUCUCCUAAAAUUAUCCCUAAAACUUUCAGAUCAAGAGUUAACAGAAUUUAAGCAUACUGAAAUAAAUGAAGAAAGGAAAGAGUUUCUUCGAGCUGCUUUAGAAUCAGUUUUAGAGGAUGAUGAUGCAAAAAAGAUGACCCUUUAUACUGAUUUGCUAUGCAAAGCAAGUCUAUUAAAAACUUUUGGUCCAAAUGAACUAGAGGAUUUAGCUGAUAUUUGUGAUGAAAUAAAUCUUUUGUUGGAAGGCUUUGAUAUGAACAUUGUUUUUAAUAAUUUGGGUGGGUUAAAUGCUUGUUUAAUUUUUCUUACAAGUUCAUACUCCUCUAUUCAGUGGCGAGUUGCAGAUUUGAUUGCAAAUGCUGUACAGAAUAAUGUAAAAUGUCAAGAGACAGUUCUUUCGAAAAAUGGUCUUCAGACUUUGAUUCAGGUUUUAGAAGAAUCAGAAACUGACAUAGUAAAAGUUAAAUGUUUGUAUGCAAUCUCUUCUCUAAUUGGUGGUAAUAAUCGUGCUGAGUGUCUUUUUAUUGAUUUAGAUGGUGUUUCAUUAGUUUCAUCUUUACUAAAAAGUGAAGUCCAAAAGAUUCGAUUAAAGGCUACAUUUCUUUUACAAAAAAUUACUUCAACAGACGCUGGCAAUAAACUGAAUUUGUCAAGUUUGAUUCCUUUACUAAUAAAUAUAUUAAAAAAAGACCCGUGUGAAGAACAUGAAGCUGUUAUUGGUACGCUCACUAAUGUGCUUCAAUCAAAAGAUUUAUCCUCAAGAGAAAUUUUUAAUAGAGAGUUGCCUGAUUUAAAAGUGUUAAUAGAGCAGCGUUUGAAUUCAAAUAACAUUGAAAUAAGUGAAAGUCUUUAUGAUGCUUAUAAAAAUCUUCAAUUGUUUUUUUGAUUUAUGUCAUAUUGGAUAUUCAAUUUAA